AUGUCUGAAGAAUCGCAAGCUCCUUCCAUGGAGCAAAACCAGCAGCAGCUUGAGGACUCGACCGCCGGCGCUCCUCAGAGCAAGAAGGCCGCGAAGAAGGAAGCCGCCAAGCUCGAGAAGCAGCGCCGCCGUGAAGAACGGUCCGCUGCAGCUGGCGCUUCGGCCGACGACUCUGACCCCCUCGCCGCCAACUACGGUGACGUGCCGCUUCAUGACCUCCAGUCGAAGGCCGUCACCGGCCGCAAGUGGACUCAGAUUGGUGACUUGACUGCGGAGUUGAAGGAUCAAGAAGUGUUGGUGAGGGGCCGAGCGCAGACGAUCCGCGCCGUCAGCAAGAAGAUGGCCUUCCUGGUGAUUCGAGAGAAGGGGUUCACUGUGCAGUGCGUGCUCUCCGUUGCGCCGGAGCUUGUGAGUCCCCAAAUGGUGAAAUUCGCGACGGGAUUGAGUAGAGAGUCGUAUGUUGAUAUCGAAGGAAUCGUCUCUGUCCCCAAGGAGUCCAUUAAGGGUGCUUCCCAGCAGGUGGAAAUUCAAAUAAGAAAGCUUUACUGCAUCAGCAAGGCGCUGCCUACCUUGCCAAUUAAUAUUGAGGAUGCUGCCCGCAGUGAAGUAGAAAUAGAAAAAGCUUUACAGGUAUGCUUCUACCAACAUGUAUCUGAAAUUAAAAUAUUUUUAUUCUUGGGUUCGUAA